AAAUCUUGCAUAUAUCUCAUCGUACAAUCAGAUAUCUUGCAUGAUCCACAGCUGUAAAGGUGAUUUGGAGAAGCUUCACAGCUAUCUAACUCAUUAUUGAAGUCUUUCACUCGUCUCUCCUAUCAUCUACCCAUGUUCCUCACUUCCGUGUUCUCUCAAAUAAACAGAGGAGGAGUCCAGCAGCAAUUGAAGUCGAUUUCCACCUCCAACCCAGCCCUUUUAUUCCUUUUAUCUCCAAUGGCAAACCAACUCAAAUACCUCCUGAUCACCAACGAUUCCAGUUGAAGCAAACCCCUAACCAUAAACAGGCAUGCAGGCGCAGCUUACCAGAGAAGAAGAAGCAGCGACUACUUCCAUUUUUCCCUCAUGCCUGUUAGAAAAUUAGGGUAUGGAAAGACUUGCUGCUGCUCCUACUCAUCUUGUCCCUGAUUCUCCAUCAAUCUCAGGUCAACUCCAAGAUUCCCGUUCCAGAUCCUGCUUAGAACAGGAGCUUCCCGACACUUCCGACUCUCGAAACAACGAAAUAAAGGCAAGAAAUCCACGUGAGGAGUAUGGAAUCAUCAUCUUAUGUUUUAUUUUUUUUUUAAAUUAUGUUUUAUGUACUCUUUUUGAAUCAUUGAAGAUUUGUCAUGAAACAUGUAACCAACUCGAACCUAGAAAACCAUCGCCACCACCUCAUGAUGGUGGCUGCUGCCGUGUUCUGCUGCCCAUUUCCACCACCAGCCACCGAACCACCACCACCAUUGGAAAUCGUAGCUAUCGCUGCAGUGUCGCUGUUGUUGCUAUCGGACCUCCGCACGCCGCCGUGGAGUGGGUGAUCGUUUGCAUUCCCGAGUAGGAGGCAUAUUUUGUGGUUGUGUUUCUUUUGUUAGAGUGUGUUUUGUGUAGCCGAAAUUUCCAAGAUUAGCCACUGCCAACACCGUGAGGUGGUGGCUGCCGCC